AUGGAGCCAGAAUUAAACUGCUCUGAUCUGUGUCAUCGUAUUCCCAGCCAGGAAGUGAAUGACAGGUCGCUUCAGGAUUUUUGUGGAAUAGCUAUAACCUCUUCCGACCUUGGAACUGAGCCCACCUCCUCAUUAUCUUCUGUCCUCUUGGGCAUCGUGUGGACCUCCCUCAGUGGUGGACUUCUCCUGGUACUCUACUUUCUCAUCUUCACGAUCCGAUGUAGGAACAACAGGAUUGUGAAGAUGUCCAGUCCCAAUCUGAACAUUUUGACCUUGAUGGGCAGUGGUCUGACAUAUGCAAGUGCAUAUCUCUUUGGGGUCCCUGAUCAAGAUAUUUUUCUGGGGCCUUCCAUGACAACACUCAUUCAGGGCAUUGUCCUGCUCUAUGGUGCCUACCUGGCUGGGCGGACAGACCAUGUCAGCUCUCCACCAGUGAAUCAGUCCCUGACCAUCAUGGUUGGAGCCAAUCUUGUUGUGCUGGCUGCUGGGCUCCUUUUCUUGGUCACCAGAUUCUUCCAUGAUUGGCCCAACCUCGUCUUUGGACUCACAGCUGGAGGCAUCUUUGUUUGUACCACAACGAUUAACUGCUUCAUCUUCAUUCCACAACUGAAGCAGUGGAAGCCAUUUGACGAAGAAAACCAAACAGUUGGCCAUAUGGCAAAAUACUUCAGCAGCCCCAGCAAAAGCUUCCAUACCCCAUAUAGUGAGGAACAGAUCUACCAUCUAAUAGGGGAGAAGAACUCCAUGAAAAAACUCCUGACUGAGAAAAAUGCUGUGAUUGAAAGCCUACAGGAGCAAGUGAAUAAUGCAAAAGAGAAACUGAUGAAACUGAUGUCAGGCGAGUGCACCAAUGAUCAUCCUAGCCGAGCAGCCACUCCUGUCUUUGCUCAGAGCAAGGCUAGCCCCACUGAAGCCUCUGUCCAUGGGGGUGUGGGUGCUGAAGGUCUCUUCAACAGUCUGUUGGAUUCUGGUGGGGAAUCGUGCCCUGUCUUCCCAGAUACACAAUGUGGUCCAGCCCUCUUAACUAGUUUACAGAGUCUUAAGGAUCUUGUAGAGGACCAAAACUCUUCCCCACAACACCAAGAGCAAAUUUCUGACUCAGAAGACACGUUUGAUCAUUUACACUUGGAAAACACCCAGAAGCAACAGGCUUCCCAGAGUGGUGGCCCAAAAGCAGGAGACCAGGCGCUGACAUCCCCAAGGCAGGAUCUUAUACAGGAUCCCAAAGCCAAUAUUCCUCAGAGACAGAAGCAGCUCAGAAAUUCAGAGACACUCCGAGAGCAGCCAUCAAAGAUUAAUUAUGUGAGCAGUGAGAUGCUUCAAGAGGUCUUACAAGAACUGAGCUUAGGCAAAGUAACUUACCCUUCUUGUUCUCCCAGUGGCCCUCAGUGUCUCAGCCCCAGCAUGCACCAGGAGGAUAGAGCUGCCCACAGUCCCCAAAAGAAAUUUCCCUCUAAUGACAUGGGCAUUAGCCCAUACAUGGUGAGAAGGAGACGGGCAGCUCAACGAGCCUCCAUGCGUUUCCUAGGGUCUGUGCCUUCACAAACAUGGUGCCUAAUGAACAAGACAGUUUCCAGGACACAGGGUGGACUGAAGGUUCAGAGUGAGAAUAGGUUCAACCAGGAGCUCCAGGCUGGAGACCCUGAGGGACAAAAGUUCGCUUCAUGGAAACCUUCCCUUCUCACUCCAGCCCAUGGUAGUCUGAGCCCUCAGGUUGAGAACAGGCAGAGCCAGUCUGAGGAUUAUCGGACCAGAGUAAGAGUAAGAGAUGGAUUCCCAGACCAAUCUUCCUGCUCUGGUUACACAGAAAAUCAAGUUGGCCCUCUCCUUGCCAGUAACCCACCAAGUCUUCUAGGGCUAGAGCGACCACAGCUGAAUGCCCGGGGGCGUAUGGGCUGGCCAGCCCUGCCUUCCUUAUGUGACUAUGGAGAUUCGGAGUCCAGUAGUUCAGAUGAGCCAUUCUGCCGCUGCCAUCGGCCUUACUGUGACAUCUGCUUCCAGAGUUCUAGUGACUCUGGUGACAGUAGCACCUCCGAGAAUGAUCCUGAACCACCACAGGGCAGAACCCACUGGGCCAAAAUGUAUGCCAGAUCCCAGCCUGUUGUGAACUUCAGAGAGGACCUGAAACCCACAUUGGUAUAA